AUAUGGACUGACAGAGAUGGAUAUUGGCUGUUAAAGGGAUGUCUCAUCCCCCUUUCUGUCUCUUUAGGUUGCUGAGAAGGUGGGCUGCUCCAAGGAUGAUCCGAUGAUGGCCUGCCUGAAACUUAUUGACGCUAAGGUUCUCUUUCUGGCCGGUUCCACGUCCCUGAGUGGUUCUCCCUCCACCCCAAUACUGGACAACCUGGACCUCUCCCCUGUGACCGAUGGGGACUUCCUGCCUGAUCACCCAGGUAACCUGUUCCACAACGCCGCUGACAUUGACUACCUCGCCGGGGUCAACAGCAUGGAUGCCCACCUCUUCACUGGCCAGGACAUCCCCAAUAUCAACAAUCCAAGCGCAAACGUCCCUGUGUCAGACGUGAAACUGCUCUUGAGUUCUUUGACUAAAAAGGGAGAGGCUGCUACAAACAACGCUUUCGCAGAGUACACAGCUGACUGGGGAGAUGAGCCAAGCCAGAAGACAAUCAAGAAGACCGUUGUUAUGAUCGAAACUGACUACAUCUUCCUGGUUCCUACCCAGGUUGCUCUCUACCUGCACGCCUCUAAUGCCCAGUCUGCACGCACCUACUCCUACCUCUUUUCGGAGCCCAGCCGCAUGGCUGGGAUAGUCCAACCUUACCCCAGCUGGAUGGAGGCUGACCAUGCUGAUGACCUGCAGUAUGUGUUCGGCAAGCCCUUCACCACACCCUUGGCAUACUGGCCCAGCCACCGUGACGUCUCCAGAUACUUGAUUGCCUACUGGACCAACUUCGCCAGGACCGGAGACCCCAACAACGGAGAGUCGAAGGUGCCUGUGACCUGGCCUGCAUACACCACCUCUGGGCAAAAAUACCUGGAGAUCAAUGCACACAUGAACAAGAACUACGUCCAUGAGAAGAUGAGGGUGCGCUUUGUGAACUGGUGGUCUAACAUCUUUCCCAGCCUGCCCUCCGUCUGAGGAAGCUCUCACUGAAUACAGGUUCCCUGAUGCAUCAUUCACAGAUAUACAGAUUGGUCUUGUCAUGUCACAAAUGCAAGGCUACCAGUAUCACCAGAUGCAUUUCUGAUUGUAACCAUUU